CGGCGGUUGACAAAGCGGUCCAUCCCACUCCAGCGUCGCUUGAAGUUGAAGCCUCUCCUCGGACUGCGAAGACUGCUCCAUUGAAGGCCACUACGUGUUUUCUCGCACUCCUCAGGGAUCUCGCCAUGGCUCCCAACCCGAGCUCCCGCUGCGACUCUCCGUCCCUCAAGAUCGCCCUCGCCAUCGCCCUCCUCCGCUAUAAGAAUCUUCACCGAAUCCCUUCCUCCGAUUCCGAUGCCCAGCGCUGGAAGCGAAAGGCCAAGGACCGGAAGCGAGAGAUCCUGAGGCUCAGAGAGGAGCUCAAGCAGAUCGAAGAUGGAAUGCGGUGCGAUGCUGAGCCCCCGAUAGUUUCUUGCCGGUGCCAUUUCUUUGAUGGCUUUGGUGAGCCCGGAGGAGAUGCGGUAAGUGGCGCCGGUGAGCACUGGAUCGAUGAGGUACUGAGAAGAAGAUUCCUAAGAUUGGUUCGCUGGAAGGAGAAAAGGAAAAGGGUGGAUGGUUCUAUCCCAAGAAGACAUCUUUUAGAGUUUAAUAAUGAAGAUGAGAUGGAGCGCCUUGGUACAUCAAUUGAUUUCCUGGUGGAGCUUUCGGACACUCAUUUAUCAAAAGAGAAGAUGGACUCUUCUUUUGCUACAUUCUCUCAUCAAGCUAUAGAUUUAAUUCUAGCUUCAUUGAAGAAUUUGCUAUCAUCACAAGAGGAAAAUGAGGUAGCUGAAGAUCUUGUCAAUGGAUUGAUUAUGCGUUUGACAAGAAGAAUGUGUGCCAUCCCCAAAAAUAAUGGAUCAACAGAUUCUCAUUCGGAUUCUCAGUUCUAUGUUCAGCACUUAAUCCGCAGGCUAGGAAAUGAGCCAUUUAUUGGUCAACGUAUAAUCCUUGCAGUUUCUCAAGAGAUUUCAGUUGUGGCAGAAAGUUUACUUCUCAUGGAUCCAUUUGAUGAUUCUUUCCCUUCUAUCCAUGACACCAUGUUUAUGAUGAUUCAAGUUAUGGAGUUCCUGAUAUUGGAUUAUAUGAAAAACUGGUUGAGUGAUGAAUAUUUUGAUACAAAGCUUUUUGAAGAAUGGGUGAGAUCUGUUCUUCUAGCACGCAAGAACUUGGAACUCUUGGAAUGCAGGAAUGGGCUAUAUAUGCUGUACGCAGAACGAAUCAUUGGGGAAUUAGCAAAGCAGAACAAAAGUGCUAGCUGGUCAGUUUCGCAGAUGAAGACUGGUCAUCUCCCAUAUCUUCUCCUCAUCCUUUUCCUCAAACCAAUUUGGAGUGGGGCUAAUGAAAGCACCAGUAGUGAGAUUGCUGGAGUUCACCAAUCACCGGAACUCUCACUGGGCCAACAUCUUCAAGGCCUAAAUGCCACCGUAAAGCUGAAUGACAGUGAAAGCAUGAAAGGAGAGAGCAAGGACUUGGAUCCUAUGCAUAGGGUGAUUCACCCGAAGAAAGGUGGUGCCGCAGGCAAAGGUGGUGGCAGAAGUGUUGGUGGCGGCGGUGCACAAGCUGCCCGUGAGCCAGGCUUGCGACGUAAUGAUGCACCUUCUAUCCUAUGGUUUGGUGUUUCCUUCACACAAAUCAUCUUUCAUGAGCUUCUUGUUUCUGUUCUAUUUUUCUGAGUUGGGACUUGAGAGAGAGUUUGCAUGUGUACCAUCUAGAGUGAGUAUGGUUCUCAAAUUAUUGGCGUGGUAUUGUUAAGAAAUAAAAUUAUUGUUUGAAGUCAUCAGAUCUCUUGCACCUGGCAUGGUGCCUUUGAUUUUCAGGCAAGAAUCUUCGGGGCUUUCUUUAACACGAGGCAACUGGUUAAUUCAUAAGUUAUUAAAAUUUCGAGCUUAGAUCACUGAAAACUCCUCCAUGAGUUUCUAAUAUGAACAAUGUUAGCAUAUUAAGCAAACUGUGGGAGGAGCUCCAUUCCAUCUUCUACUAUGAAUAGCCCACAACUGUUUGUCAGGACCAUUAUCGAGCUUGGAGGGUCAAAGGGAAUGGAUCUUUCACAUACACUAGGGAAAAAAUGAAUAUAAAACAAUGCUAUUAAUCAGUUCAUAUCUGUUAACCAAAAAAAAAAAACAGUUCAUAUCAAGUGAUUGAGAGCUAACGCUUUUUCAUCGGAGCCAACUAAAGAUCUUGACUGUUAGUCUAUUCCUAUAGGAAUUCAAUCCAAAAAAAAAAAAA